AUGGCGCAGAUACGAGGCACCGCGGGCUACAAUCUGGGCCUGAACAACCAAUUUGGCUCCCAACGGAGCGACAAUGCCACCAACGAUCCCAGUCCCCUCGACCAGAUUCGAGAACAGACGAGCAAAAUUGAAGACUGGCUGAACACGAUGGGCGAGCCUUUGAAACCAUACCUGCCCGCCAUCGGUAGAUUUCUUAUCGUCGUGACAUUCCUCGAGGAUGCGGUCAGAAUCGUGACCCAGUGGGGCGACCAGCUCACAUAUCUAAGAGAUUUCAGACACAUUCCCUGGGGAAUCACCCAUCUUUUCCUCAUCUUCAAUGUCAUUACCAUGUCGGUCUGCUCCACGCUGGUCAUCAUGCGCCGCUAUGGCGAGUAUGCCGUGGGCGGUCUGUUGUCGGUCGUGGUUGUUCAAGCCCUGGGCUACGGCCUCAUCUUCGAUCUCAAUUUCUUCCUUCGCAACUUGUCCGUGAUUGGCGGUCUCCUCAUGGUGCUCGGGGACAGCUUCGUGAAAAAGAGGGUAUUUGCAGGUCUGCCUACAAUUGAUGAGAAGGACAAGAAGAUGUACAUUCAGCUCGGUGGCCGAGUGCUGCUGAUUUUCCUCUUCAUUGGGUUCGUUUUUGCCGGUGAAUGGAGUGUCGGGAGAGUCCUGGUCAGUAUGAUUGGAUUUGUGGCUUGUGUGAUGGUCGUGGUGGGUUUCAAGGCGAAGCUCAGCGCUGUCAUCCUGGUGGUGCUUCUCAGCGUGUUCAAUGUGCUUGUCAACAACUUCUGGACGCUUCACAAGAACCACCCACACAAAGACUUUGCCAAGUACGACUUUUUCCAGAUCCUGUCGAUCAUGGGCGGUUUGUUGCUACUGGUGAACAUGGGACCCGGCCAAUUGAGCGUGGACGAGAAGAAGAAAGUCUACUGA